GUGUUGUGUUUUUUCUUACAGGGAGGGCUUUUUCCUCGUGAAUGUUUAAAAGAACACGUCAAAAUAAGCUUCCCGACAUCUGCACUGCAAUCAAACGACUCCAAUCAGAACAUUGGUGUAGCAAAGGCAGGGUAUAAAAUCAUGGAGCACAUUGACUACCUGUUUGCUAACGACAGUCAUCCAGAAUCCUGGAACCAGAAGAAAGUGGAGGAUUUCCAGAACAUAGUUUAUCGUUUAUGUAUUAUGGGGAGAAAGCACGAGCGACCCGUGGAUGAUCUUCCCACAACAGGAGAUGCUCUGAAAACCUACUUUGAUAAACUGGCCUCUCUCCUCAGAAACAAGGACUACAGUGUGUGCGCGUGGGAGGUGGUUCGAAAGGAGCUCCUGCUUGUUCUUAAACUCACGCUUAACCUGACAUCAUUCUGUAAAUUAUUCUGAGUAGUUGGUCGU